UCCACAAUAUUUUUGCAUUCUCGAAUCAAAAAACCUCUCCUCUUUCACUUUCUAUAGAUCAAUUAAUUUACCAAAGAACAUUGAGAUAAUCGUAAAAAUAUAAUCGAUUCGUCAAUAUUCUGUGAGUUGUAAUAUCUCCAAUGGCUACAAUUGGGAACAACAAUCUUAAUGCGAAACUUGUUUUGCUUGGUGAUAUGGGAGCAGGUAAAUCAAGUCUUGUUUUGCGAUUCGUCAAAGGUCAAUUUCUCGAGUUUCAGGAAUCAACAAUUGGAGCAGCGUUUUUCUCACAGACGUUGGCUGUGAAUGAUGCAACUGUUAAAUUUGAGAUUUGGGAUACGGCUGGUCAAGAGAGAUAUCAUAGCUUGGCUCCUAUGUACUACAGAGGAGCUGCUGCUGCAAUAAUUGUUUACGACAUAACUAGCACGGAGUCUUUCACGCGUGCAAAGAAGUGGGUGCAAGAACUACAGAAACAAGGUAACCCCAACAUGGUUAUGGCACUUGCUGGAAAUAAAGCCGACUUAGAAGAAAAAAGGAAGGUGACAGCUGAGGAAGCUCGUGUUUAUGCCGAAGAGAAUGGUCUUUUCUUCAUGGAGACCUCUGCAAAGACUGCUAUCAACGUCAACGACAUAUUCUAUGAAAUAGCAAAGAAGUUGCCCCGUGCUCAACCUGCACAAAACCCAACAGGGAUGGUUCUUGUAGACAGACCAGCAGAAAGAUCCCAAGCUGCAUCAUGCUGUUCCUCCUAAGUACUUUUUUCCUGUUCUAGUAUUAAAUUUUGUUUCUUAGAUUUACAAUAAAGACAAUCAAGCUCUAUAAAUGGUUUAGAGAAGGUGUACCUAGAAGUGGCAAGUGAAAUCCUUGGAGCUUGCGAGCUGUGUUUUGGAUACACAUUGUAAAAGACUCUAUUUUCUCUCAUCCAGUGUCUUACGUAGUAAGAAGGAACAUGGACCUGUGUCUGAACUUUUCUCUAAUUUCUUUGAGGUUUGUUCAGUCUAUAUAUGUUCCUGAACCUUGUAAAUGUGUUAGUAUAUAACGUGUGCACCGUUAUUGAAAGAUAUUGUGAUGAGUUUGAUAUUCAGUUGUUCUUAUGUCGUUACUCAUGUUUACUUUGCAUAUAUGACAUUAUUUUGGGAACAA